AUGAUGCUGCAUGAUAUUAACCAUUCCAAGAAUGUGCCCCCAGGGCCCUUAUGUAAAGUACUUUGUAUGUGCCAACAAUCGGAAGAAACUCUCCAAUUGUGUCUAGAUCAUCGUGAUUGGACUGUUGACCAAUGGAAAUGUGUGAUGUCGUCAGAUGAACCACAUUAUUCUGCAGUGAUGAUUGAUCCUAAUAAAGAAGAUGAAACGUCCCGUCGUGUCAAGCAAACUUUGGGAGAUUUUACUCACGUUCAGCAGUAUCUUACACAAGAUCCUAAACAUCUGAUUGGGAUAUCUCUAACAGCAGCCGCGCUCUCCUCUCAGCUUUGUCCCACUCCUGAUACCAGUAGCAAUUUUGGAGGAUCUAACAACAAUCAGCAGCAUGCUAAUUCUCCUAAAGUACACACGUGUAAUAGCAACGAUUCAGCAACAGUGUCUUCGUCUGUGACAUCGACUGCUGGUAGCCAAUUUGUUGUAAAAAAAGAAAUCCAACAUCCUAAAAAAACACAAAUAUCUAAUGGCCAAUAUAAAGAUGAUCCGACUGUCGGUUGCCAGAAGUCGCCGGUUACGGGUGAACAAGUUAAAGAAGUUACUGUGAAAAAACCUCAACUUGUACUUUCACAGUGUGUAACCAGCGAUUUACAACCGAAAUUAAUAACGGUUCCAAGGAUCGAGAAAGAGUUAGAAAGUAUGGUGGUCAGUAAUAAGGAAGCAGUCUAUGAUUCGCAGCCCGUGUCUGUUAAAGCAGGAGACGAACAAUUACACGAGAAAACCAACAAUCCCUUCCAUGAAACUUUUAAUCGAAAUGGUAGUAUACACUUAGCAAAUCAAAAUAAGUCCAGUAGAGACGAUGGAAUUCUUAGAAAGGUCAACGUCCAACAGGGGGAGACCUGUGUGAAAAGUCAUGCUGAAGUUGAGCAUAUAUUGAAGGAAAUGAAAGAACCGGUUCCUCCGCCACUCACUGCUAUCGAGACACCGCGGAAAGAAGAACCUGAGUUUAGGUUCUUUCAUUUUAAGGAAAAACCGGAAGUAGGAGCUUUAGAAAACUCAAGUGUUCAAGAAAAAGGUGAUACUGUAGAGAAGCCACGCGACAGAAAUAAAUCAACAUCGUUCAACUUUCAUGGAGACUUGGAUGUGAGCGAUAGUGAAAAUGAAAUGGUGACAUUCCAAGGCAAAGAAGACGUCAAGCUGAACUUAAAUAGCAGAUUAUCAGAAAAUGGCAACCAUUGUCCAGCUACUCCUUCUCGGAGAGAAUCGUCCAGUUCUGACAGUAGUUCUAGUAGCUCUGAAGACAGUACAUCUGAUUCUGAAGACAGUGACAGCAGUGCAUCAAGUGAAGACUCUGUCACAGAAAUGGAGCAAAAGCCUGAAACUCAGAGCUGGCGUCUUGCCAAUUUUGUGGACAAAGAUGCUUCUUCUCCUUUGAUUCCAUUUGGGAAUUUAUCCACAGGAGGAGAACAGAAUCAGAAGUCACAAAUUAGCACUAAUCAGAUCUCUGAUCAAGAUUCUCUCAGCAAUACUCCAAUCGAAGGAUCAAAUGAAGCUCACAGGAGUUCUAGUGCAGAGCUACGCAUCGCAGCUGGUUUAGGAAAUACCGAAGUCAGAAUAUUGUUAUCCCCAGUACAUUUACCACCUGGCUUUCAACCUGAUGACAGCAUGUUCAUCGAUAAUCCAUUCUCCUCCUAUAGUAAGCAAUGGGAAGAUGAUGUAAAAAUGGGUAGUAACUGGUCUGAGAUCAUAGGCAAUGAAAAAAGGGUAUGCCCUUCUCAGCCUAAGAAGGUAAUUCACCCUUCUUUGAAGCAGACUGAUAAUGUUGAGGAAUUAAAUAGUGUUGUUGAUCCUCUGAAAAGGUCUCCUGCUCAGAAACUUAUCUCAACAAAAAAAGAUUCCAUCGAGUCUUUCCUGGCUUCACCUACACUGGCAAAUAAAUCUGAACACCAAUCAGAUGACAUUUGUGCCUUUAAAGGCCAUGAUUUGAUUAAAAAAACUCUCUCUUCUCAGCCUCGUGAUGGAGAUGUUAAGCAUAAUGUUGGAAAGAAGAAAGAAAGAACUCUGCCCUCAACAAAUUCUGCUCUGCAAAAAUCAAGGAGUAAAGAAGAAAAUAAGAGUGUUUAUUUAAAAACUAGCAAAGAAGAAGUGAAACACAAAAGAGAUUUGAUAAGAAAUUCAACACCAAAGCUACCUGUGAAUGAUUCUGAAAAGCCUACCUCAAGUUCAUGUCCUAAUAGUGAGAAUAGUGAGAAAACAACUCAAAAAUUAACAUCAAAAUAUGUUUCUGAUACCCCAAAUAUUGAUGAAAGUACUGAUAAUGUUGAAAGAAUCACUUCUCCUGUUAAAGUUCAGAAGACAAGUAAACAUCUCUCUACUCCUUCCAAGUCCUCUAUUUCUCAGAAACUUAGGUCUUCAUCUCCCAAACAGAAUACUCCUCCAAGAAAGACUGUUUCGAAAUAUAAAUCGGGUAGAUCAAAAGAAAAGCCUGAAAGUUCCAUAACUUCUAAUGUAUUGAAAGUUAUAGACAGUGUUGCGAAGCAUGCAACAGUUACAAGUCAUUUAGAACUAGAGAACUUGGAUGUAGAUAGAGCUGAAGUUAGUCAGAAAAAUAUACAUCAGAACAAUAUUUUUGAAAGACUGGAACUUCCUUUCAUCCAAGGUAACUUGUCACCAUUAACGGAAACUAUAUUUGAAUUUCAAAGUGAAAAGAAACCCAGUACCAUUCCAGAAAUCCUAGUGAGUAUAAAACUUGAUCUUAUUAAUAGGAUACCUUCAGCUCCACUUCAGUUUCAAGUUAAUAGAACUUAUUCACCACUCGAUAGUGAUAUUAAAGUAAGGACAGAAAAUGUUACUCAAGACAUUACUAAAGAAAAUAAUGUAAUAAAGGUGUUAGAAGUGAAAAAAGAGGACCUCAAGACGACCAUUGAUAGUGACAAAGCUUGUUGUACAAAAGACAAGAGUAUCAAUACUAGUAAAUUAAAGCCAUCUGACAAGGAUAAAGUGAGAACAGUUAAGAGAAAAGCUCCAGAGGAAACAAGGUUAGAAGGAAAAAAGAAGAAGGCUUCUUCAGAUACUGUGUCCAUAGUGUCAGUGCCUGAAGUGGAUAAUAUGGAAAGGUUAACAAUGAAAGAAUCUAAGAAACUAGAUGAUAACUCAAAGAUGUUAUCAUCUGAACGUUGUGAAAGUCCAAGCAGUUUUUCUGUUUGUUCUGUGUCAAGCCAGCACAGUGUAAAGAGUUCCCAAGAAACUUCCUUAACAUCUAAACCUUCUGGGAAUAAAACAAAAGAUAAAGUUCUAAAAAAGGUGAAACAAAAGCUCAAAGAUGAGAAUAAAAGUAAGUCAAAAACACCUACACCAUCUCAUGUGUUUGAAAAGGAUGCUAGCUUAGGAAGUAAUAAAAAAGAACCAGAAGAAAAAAAACAAGCCAAGGAGAAAAAGGAAAAAGAGUAUACCAAUAAAGAUAAGGAGAGAAGUAGAGUCAAAGAUAAAGAGCAGGAUCAUGGAUGUUCUGAUUCUAAGAGGCCAAGAAAAAGUGCCAUUGUAGAGAAAAGCCUUUCUUCAUCUAGUCAAGUUGGUAAACCAACAACAGAAAAACCUUAUAGCAACUUAAAGAGGGACCAUGAACAGAGAUUACAAGGAAGCAAGAAAGAAGUCACUCCUAAUUCUUACAGUGAAUUGGAACAUACAGUACCUGACCAGCUGGCCACCAACAGACUCCGAAUAGCAUCUGAAGACCAAGACACCAGACAAUCCUCACCUGAUUAUUACCUGAAUGAAGCCAAGAAUCUCAAACAUCAAGCUGACAGAGAAGUUGACAUAACAGUCCAAGCUAUAAAGUAUUUGGAAGCUGUUUAUUUCUUCAUAUUGACAGGAAAUGCAAUGGAGCAUAGCCAUGUGGAGUGUGAAAGAGUUUAUAAAAUGUACAAAGAAACAUUAGACUUAAUCAGAUGCAUAUGGUCAAAGUUCCAGAAAAUGCAGCAAAAUACUUGUAACUUAGAUAAAAGAAUAACAGUUCUAAGUUUACGAUGUCAGUCCUUACUGGACUUGAAAUUCAUAAUACUUUGUUGUUUAGUUUACGAUGUCAGUCCUUACUGUACUUGAAAUUCAUAAUACUUUGUUGUUUAGUU